AUGGAGAAGUUGGAAUUCCACAACCGAACAAGGAUUCUCAUCCUGAUCUUAUCCACAACAUGCCUAACACUGAGCUAUGCCAACAGCUUGGCAUUCAACUUCACUGUAAUUUGUAUGGAUAACUCAACAGAUUGGAUUUCAUCUCCUUCUUAUGUGAAUGGUCUCUUCUCAGCCGUUGCUUUUGGGUCUAUUUUGGGUGCGCUACCGCUCAUGCAUUGUCUACAGUAUAUGGGGAUGAGAUAUACUUUGACUAUAUACGGCUUCAUCUCAGGGAUUGCAACGUUCCUCUUUCCAAUAGCUGUAUCCUACGGAUAUGAAUAUGUUUUCAUAGUACGAGCAUUACAGGGUACAUUCAUAGGAAUUUCAUUUUCUUCCGUGGGAGCCAUUGCUUCUCAAUGGUCUGCUCUCAUUGAGGCUGGAACUUACAUUUCCAUUAUUUCAGCUCAUAUACAAUUCAGCUCUAUUCUUACUAUGUCCACAGCAGGAAUGUUGUGCGAAUCUUCUUAUGGAUGGCCUGUAUUGUAUUAUGUUUUUGGUGUAUUAACCAUCUUAUUUCAUAUUAUCUUCCUCGUUUUCUUCCGAGAUCAUCCGAAACUACACAGAAAUGUCAGUUCGAAGGAGUUGUCUAAAAUAACAAAAGAUAAACCAGAGUUUAUUAAGAAACAAACUGUUCCGUAUGGAGCAAUUUGUACAUCAAAGGUUAUAAUAUCGGUUUGGUUAUCAUCUAUAGGAGGAUUUCUGGGUUUCACAGUAUUCCUCUACUACGGUCCUACUUAUAUGAAUAAGGUGAUAGGACUCGAUGUGAAGUCCACUGGGUUCGCUACAGCUUUCCCCUAUGUGGUUGGUGCAGUUGUGAAAUUUGUUUCUGGCCCUUUGUCUGAUAAUGCUACAUGCUUUUCGGAGAAGUCUAGACUAUUAUUUUUUGCUGUGGUUUCUCAGGGGUUCAUGGCAUCCUGUUUCAUAAUAAUAGCUUUUACGGAAUCUGCCUUAAUAGCUCAAAUAGCUUAUACCGUUUGUAUCGGGGCAGCUGGAAUGAAUAUAGUUGGUACUAUUAAAUGUGCUCAAUUGGUUGCUCAGCAGCACCUUCAUUUCGUGCUGGGUGUAAUUUCAUUUGCUAUGUGCUUAUUAAACCUAGUUCUACCUGCAGCCGUCGCCAUCAUUUGUCCAGAUAAUACGGCAGACCAAUGGUCUCUCUUAUUCAUCGGUACUGCUGUUUUCACCAUAAUGAUGAAUAUUCCAUUCGCCUUUCUGGCUGAUGAUAAACCAGCAGUCUGGACAGGUGCUACAUGGAAUGCAAAUCAGGUUAUGGACAUUGAAAAAAUUCCAAGAAAGUUGGAAGAGCAUCAAAUGAAUUAA